GGAUUCCCACAUCUCGGCUUAGGAAGUCUGUACUACUCGACAGGCCGCUGCACUUGCAUCAGCUUAUUCCAAACCAGUUCUAUUCAGUCGGACUGUGUGAUUCCAUCAAAUUGCUUCUAUGACUUAUUCUCUUUCGCAGAUUUACUCCACAGGCAUCUCUUGCAGGCACAAAAUUGUCCCCAUCUUUUUCCUGUCCUAUUCCCUCUCCUCCAGCCGAGACCAUAUAGCCUCAGUCAGGCUCAUCAACAGAGAAAACGCAUCUUUUCGCGCCUUGGAUGUUCAUGCGGAACUGAUACAGCUGCAGGCUUGUGUGUGUACUUACGGAGAAGCGAUCCGUCAAUGAGAGAUCAAGGCCCUGAGCGCGACGGCCUACUGAGUGGCGGAGUGAUGGGAUUUCUUAGAUCUGCAUUGCCAAAUCAAUAUUCUAUCAACAGAAUGACCAACGAGGAGGAGAUGCAAAUGGCUAGACAAAUGUUCGCUGCCGCAAGGAGGGAAUCUAUACUUCAACUCCAUCAACAACGAUGA